AUGUCUAUUACACUCUCAGCUCUCUCAUCUUCAAUCCCAUCUCUCAAUAAAACCCACAAAAUCCCUUUAAACACUUACCCUCAUAACCAAAUUCUUGAUUUUCCCUUAUCUAUAACCAGAAUUAACCCUCUAACACACAAAUAUUGUGGGCUUUUUGGUAGUAAAUGUGGGUUUUCAUUAAGUAGGAGAAAUGGGGUUGUUGUAAAAGCUGAGAAUAGUGGAGUAGAUAAUGGAAACAAGAGUGUUGAAAACAAAGCUGAAAAUGAGGUACGUGGAGAGAGUACAAUGCCGGAUAGAUUUAGGUAUUUGAUGAAAGAAGCUCAAGAUAAACCUGUUAGAUGGCCUUGGUUCAUAGCAUUGGCCUUUCUUCUAUAUGCCUGGAGGACUGUCUUGUGGGAACUGGGUAACUGGAAAAAGGCUGUCGGUGCUGUCUUGCGAUUUCUCAUUUACAUCCCGAAACUUGCAUUGUCCAUUAUAUACUACUUCAUGGGGGAUCAGAUCACAGCUAUAAUUAGAUUUAUCGAAUCAACACUUUACUCCCUUCGAGCUUUCUACUCCAGUAUAAUUGCAUAUGCACCAAUUCAAGAGCUGACAACAAUCAUCGUUUUAGCAUCUUGUGUACUUGCUAUUGCUGAAGCGACGGUUCCAGAUUCCGUGAACAGCCAACAAUACCUUCUAACAGCAGCUGGAAUAAUGGGAUAUGCUGCUGUGAGAGGUUAUAUCUCGGAGCUGUUCUUUUGGUUUUUACUCGUAGGCUUGUUUGUCUUUUCUCGAUUUAUUAAAAAAAGAGACUAUGUGUCUUCUGCAUUGCCUGCUGCUGCUGCAUUAGCUGCGGUGGGAGAACCUUGGGUUAGAUUUGUAGUAAUGGUUUCUUACGCUGCUUUGGCGAUUGUGCAACAUUCUAAGAUGCCUUUGAAUAAAAGUGAAGGUGAAAAUAUCGGUGCAGUUAGGAAGGUCCCGUUUCCUUUGAUAUGUGCUGCAAUGGCUAUUGGUGUCCGACUUGCUGCAAAGUGGGCUGGUUAUCGUCAUUUGACUUGGAUGAUCGUUUGAUAUGCAACAAGCCUACUGCCCGUUUUUCAUGCUGAUAGAGCAUUCUUAGUUGUUAGUUUCUACAGUGACAAGAUGUUUCUCCUUUGGCAAAAUUGCUUCUUGUUUUUCUUGUUUUGCCUGUCCAGUUCUUUUUGUAUAACUUAUCUUUACAGAGGGUAUUUUUCUUUCAAAUUCAACUUAUGUUCUAAUUGCACUGGAGUUGUAGUCUUUGUUGCCCCAACGCUAUAUGAAAUUGCUCAAUUUUGCCCUA